GCUAGCGCACCUUUCUUAUCAAGUUCAUUGUGUUGUAGUACAAUAAAUCAACGUUUGGGAUUUUGUUUUGUACGGGUUCACGUCUUCACUUGGCUAGUUUUCAUUUUGGUCUUUUUUAUCCAACCAGCUUUAUCGCACUCGGUCUCCUGUCCUUCGCUCUCUGUAUCUAGACACAUUUUGAGAGAGACACUUUUGAGAUAUCAGGUUUUAUGCAAAGCAAAACAGUUGCAGCGGAAUUAACUUUCGACACUACGGCAUAUGUAUUACCAUUCAGUGAAUACCUCACAAAACAAAGCUGAAAGGGUUACUUUGAAAUCUGGUUUGAACUGUCAAGGCUUGCCUAGUCGCCAUGGAGAGGCAGAACAGUCACCAAGCAACUUAUUCUUCCCAACACCCAUUUGUGCACACGUUGAAACUGACCAGGGCGCAGUUAAUACGGGGCAUGGUGUUGGGCUCCAUCCUCGUCCCCAUACGAGUCUUUCUGGCUGUCCUCUGCUUCCUGAUCAUGUGGCCUAUUGCCCGGCUCCGAUUGGCUGGCCUCUCAGAGGUGGAACGGUCCCGGCCAGUAACGACUGGGUGGAGGAGAUGGUUACUACACCCCAUCAUCUGGUUCCUUAGCCGGGCAGUGUUUUUCUUCCUGGGGUUCUUCUGGUUCCGGGUCAAAGGUUGUAGGGCGGGGCAUAAGGAGGCUCCUGUGCUGGCAGUGGCACCUCACAGUAGCUUCCUGGAUAUGUUUGUGCUGACGGAAACCCAGCUGCCUACGGUGGUGUCUAGAUCGGAGAACCAAAGCAUUCCCUCUAUAGGGGCUCUCCUGGAGUUUAACCAGUCAGUGUUGGUAAACAGGAAGAAUCCAGAAUCCAGGAAACGGGCUGUCGUUCAGAUCAAAGAGAGGCUCACCUCCAACGGCUACUGGCCACAGAUGCUGAUGUUCCCAGAAGGCACCACUACGAACGGCACCACUCUCAUAAAGUUCAAACCUGGUGCCUUCCUGGCUGGAGUCCCAGUCCAACCUGUUCUGCUGCACUACCCCAACAAACUGGAUACUGUGCGCUGGACACACAGGGGAACUACCUGGGUUGAGGCAUUGUGGCACACCUGCUCUCAGCUCUACACUAACGUUACUGUUGAGUACCUGCCAGUAUACACCCCCUCCCAGGAGGAGAAGGAUGACCCUAAUCUGUAUGCAGACAAUGUCCAAAAACUCAUGGCCAAGACCCUGGGCAUCCCGGCAACAGACUAUGUGAUGGAGGGGCGUGUUCCUACCAGAAAACUGGGAGGGCUCUCCCUCCCCCUAGAACCACCUGCCAGAGAAACUCUCUCUCUGCUGCACCAAGACGGUCUCAGAGAGUCCGAGGUGGAGGCAGCACUGAGUAAGAUGAUUGACAGGUGUCAGUCAGAACAGGGUUGGAGGGCUGGUGUGGAUGAGCUGGCCCCACUCCUGGGACUGACAGACAGACAGACUGCCGCUAAGAUCUGUGGACUCUACUCCAAGGAUGACAUCGUGGACCUUAGACAGAUCUAUUUAAGUGUGACAUCAGUCUCUGGGCUUCUGGGAUUUAAGUCCCUCCUUCACACUGCAUUCACUCUGUAUGACAGAGAGUGUAGUGGCAGUCUGACUGCAGUGGACGUGUCUGACCUGAUGGGGGCGCUAGUGGGGAGUCCUCAGUACCACACAGAGGAACUGUACACUGAACUGUCCUUGAGAGGAGCGCCCACCGAACAAGAGCUGUUCAGAGUGCUGACCACCCACCCCACCUAUCAGAAACUGAUCAGCGAGUACUUCACACCUGAGGGGGGGAAGUCCACACCACCAUCCUCUCCUCUGACCAAAGGGAAGGCGGGGAACAACAAUGCAGGAUUGCCUAGCAACAACAGAACGGCCUUGCCUUACAAAACGGCUGACAACGGCUCUCCUCUGCCCAGUAAGAAGAACGACUGAGUGAAGGAACUCUGAAGCAUACUGAUAGAAUUCCUAGAACGGACUGGGCCGUUAUUACAGAUGAAUCUAUAUGGGUGGGCUUACUUUCAAAAUGGCUGCCGAUUUAUACAUCGACUUGAAUGGGGAUCCCCUUAUAGGAAUUCUAUUUCUAAUGGUGCUUACGCCAUUUAGUGAAAUUGAAGAAAAACCCAAGGCAGCUUAACAGUAUCGACAGUAAUACCAAUAUAACACGCUGUUCUCUAAGAGAUCGAAGGGAACGACUCAUAGUACACUUGUGCGUAUGUCUUUCAGAUGGGUUAUAUAUGGUCUUUUAAGACUUGUUUACAAUGUACAUAGCUACAUAGUUAGCUAUGAUUGUUACACAAUUCUCUGGAUCUGCCUGUCAAGAUGCUGGGAAAAUGGUAUCACAAUAGUUGUUAUUUAUAAAUGUGAUAAGAUUUUAAUAAAAUUAAGAGUGUCUGUCUUAUGUUGUACUGCUUGAAAUGGGAUGUGGUAUGUGAAUUUGUAUUGUUUUAAAGAACAAAAUAUACAAAACAAAUGAUUAUGUAAAUUACUAUUCUCAGGAUUUUAUAUUGUAUUUUACAUUUAAUCUAUUAAACUGAAUAUUACAUAUA